AUGAUUAAAUUUUGUCAAAAGUUUAAAACAUAUUUUUCAAGCUCAUUCAUUCCUUACAAUCCAAAAGGAUUUAAAGAUGUUUCCAAAUAUAUCUAAAAUCAUCAAUCAAUAUAAAUAAAAUUAUGUGAUUUUGAUGUUAGUAAGGAUUAGUUUAUUUAUGCAUAUAAUAAUUUUCUUAAUUCAAUUUAAGAUGAUGAUUUUAAUUUAUAUGUUCAAGAAGUUUGUGAUAAAUAAUUAGCAGAUUAAUUUAUUGAAGGACUUUCAAGAAUUUAGAAUUAAUCAUUAAAAUUAGAAAAAGUAUUGAAUGAUGAAGUUUAAGAAGAAAUAUUUUUCACAGAGUUUAAUUUUUUUAUUAGUGUUAAUCGAAACAUUUCCUUGUAUGAUCAUGUAAGAUGUUUGAAACAAUUUAGACUGUUUUAUAAUCAUUAGACGAAUUUCCAAAAUUUAUUUAAUUAAAUUCUUAAGCAAAAGAGCUGUUGAAUUGUGUAUAAAUAGGAGCUUUUAUAAAAUCUAAAUUGAGUCUAAAAAUAUCAGACUUUGAAGUAUAUUUAUUAAAAAAUUAAUAAGCAUGAACCUGAAAAUUUUCAUCAUGUCAGAUUUAUGGUACUUAAGGAUGCAGAAGAGCUAAAAAGUCUUUUUUCAACCUUAAAAUCAAUAUUAUUUUAUAAUGAAAAAGAAGUUUAUUUUGGAAAUAAUCCUACCUGGAAAAUAAUAGACUUAGAUAGAAAUAUGGGAAAAUAAUACCCUUUAUUUUUUUGAACAUUAAAUUAAAAACAAG